AUGAUUGCCAAUGAUCUCGGUGGUGUGGGGUCAAAGGGCAUUUCAGAUCACCCGGAUGUGCACGAGAUAGAUCGCAAGUUGAGCAUGUACCGCGACCACGACUUGGAGUGGUCCAAAUGCCCAUCGAUGACGGCCGAGGAUGUGGCGCAUGUAGUCCUUCGCGCUGCCACCGACGUCAAGCCGCACUUCCGAUACCAACCUCAAGAGGCCGUCGCGGCAUUGGCGGAGCGAAAGUACCGGGAUCCUACCGGGGAUGAGUUUAUUGAUUACUCGGCCGAUAGAUUGAGACCAUUUUAUGGUAAGGCUGGAGAUAAGUAAGUCCAUGGAUGGUAGGGGCCAUGGUAAGACUAACCUGUCGUUCGACUUCUAACAGUGCCAGCUCAUUGAAAGAUUAUUCUGUCAGGUACUUUUGAGUCUUCCUCUUCCUUUUCACUUGUUAUACUGCCGAUGUUUUAUUUUCCAUUUAUACGGUUUCUAUAUACCAAAGAUGCAAUAAUCAUAGAAAGAGAAUUAUGUGCAAAUUGUUUUCGUGAUGGUUUAUAGUUAAACAAACAAAAAUUAUAGUGAACAUUUGUGACACGCUAUUUCUAUCAAAAGUGACACACCUGACACAAUUGUGAGAACUUUUGUAAGUUUUUUUUAGUUCCAGAUCAUAUUUUGAUUGAAACUUGUUUCCGAAUGUGCUAAUGUUGUCGGCGGAAAAAAAAAACCUCAAUACUUCCAGAUAGGUAAAGAAUAAUGAUAAUGAAUGAAAGAUCAUAUUUUGUGUUUAUAAAGAGCCAAGUAUUACUUGUGACAGGAAUGAAAUGACUGCAAACUCACUAAUAUUGAGCUUACUUUUCAUUAUUUGCCAACGAAAUUGUGUAAGUGAAGGAUGUACUAGCACUUUUUGUGACAGGCGAAUAACGUAUAAAUUCUCAGAUCUACAGCAUGCCCACUGUUAUAUUCAAUGCGUUUUCUGGUAUGAAUCAGAGUUGUGCAAGUUAUCUAAUGCCUUUGUAAUUGAAAAAAAAAAAAUUCUGAAUAAAAAAUUGCCUGAUAAAUAUAACAAAUGAUUGGCAAUUUGAUUGCUCACAGGUUCAUAUAUAUAUAUAUAUAUAUAUAUAUUAAUGUAUACAUAUGUUUUAAAAAGGUCAUCAGAUUUUCAAAUUUUUGCAGAAGCAAAACAAAUGGUAAAUAUUUCGGAUUUUCUGACUCACGCUGAAAUAUUUUUGCGACUAGCACCCCCCCCCC